AUGGAUGAAGAACCACGUAAAUGGCCUGAACUUGUCGGUAAAGAAGGCAAAGAAGCCGUUGAAAUAAUUAAAAGAGAUACUGGUUUUACGCAAGUUCAUAUUAUAUCACCAAAUUCAAUGGUUACUAUGGAUUAUCGACUAGAUCGGGUUAGAGUUCAUGUUGACGAACAAGGCAACGUAGCAUAUCCACCGACUGUUGGUUAA